AUGUGGAAGUUCUACAAGAAGACCCCCAAGAUAUGGUUCUCUGACCAAGGAGGGGAGUUCAACAACAAGGAACUUGCCAGGGAAGCCCAGGCUGAAGGCAUCAGAUGGGAUUUCUCAGGCCCAUACACUCCUGAGCAGAAUGGGAUUGCAGAAGCUUCCAACAAGGUUGUGCAUUUUGCUAUGAAGCAUUCAUGCUACAUCACCAACAGACUCUACAACCUUACCACCAAGAGGAUCCCAAUCCAGGACUUUGAAGAAGACCUUGGGCUGGGGGUCAGGGAGGUUGACCUGAGCAACAUCAGGAGGUUUGCGUGCAAGGCAUUUAGAAGCUUGGACAACAAGCAAGAUUCAGCCAAGUUCAUGCCUAGAGCAGAGAUAUGGUGGUAUGUUGGAUUCCAGGAAGACUCCUCAACCAACUACCUGCUCUGGAGACCAGUCUGGAAUGAGAGGAUGUGGACAGAUGAUUCCAAGUUUGGACCCCACUGCACCUUCAAUGAAGACUGCCUAUUUGGCCAUCCAUACCCUGCUGCCCAGCAGGUCGCUCAGGGGGAGCCAUCUCCAAGAGAUCAGAGCUCCCAGCUUGAAGCAGUAGAUGAUGGGAGUGAAAUAGAAGAAGAAUCCACCUCCCAAAUGGAUCCUGAAGACCCCCCAAAUGUCCCAGGAGGUCCCUCAGCAAGUCCCAAGGAGCCUCACUCUUCACAAGGGCGCAAUCACAUGCCCCAACAUGCGCCCCAAGCGCGUCACACCUCUCCACAGAAUGGACAGGAGACUGAGCAGCCCCAGGGGGAGCUGCAGCAGCAUAGUGACCCAGCUGGACAAAAUGGUGCAUCAACAGAAGACUCCCCAGAGCGCCAAGUGGAGCAUGUGACAUUCUCACAUACGCCAAGAAGCGCUUCCCCCUAG